CCGACCAUGCGCGGGAAAGUGUCUAGACUAUUUUAUUUUGCUCACUAAAAUUCUUGGAUCGAAUACAGAUUUUUGAAAAAAAUACCUGGCAUCCUUGGUGUGUAUUACUUUUAUGAAAACGUCAAAAAAAAAAAAGAACAAUUUGAAACAUUUUAUCAUCAUAGAAAAGUGAUUUAAGCUCGAGUGCCUAUAACCAUAGAUACUAUUUAAGCCUUCUCCGAUCAAUCUAUCAAUAAAUUGUUUUGUGUUGUUAGAUUCGUUCACGAUUAAAGUAUGACGGAACAGCAAAUGGAUUGUGCUCUAGAUUUGAUGAGACGACUUCCGCCACAACAAAUUGAAAAAAAUUUGAUUGAUUUGAUCGAUCUAGCUCCGGCAUUAUGCGAAGAUCUUUUAACAUCUGUGGAUCAACCAUUAAAAAUUGCUAAAGAUAAGGAAACAGGAAAAGAUUAUUUGUUGUGUGACUACAAUCGCGAUGGUGACUCAUACCGAUCGCCUUGGUCCAAUACUUACGAUCCGCCGUUAGAAGAUGGAUCAAUGCCUUCGGAACGUCUACGUAAGUUGGAAAUUGAAGCGAAUCAUGCUUUUGACCAAUAUCGAGAGAUGUACUACGAAGGUGGUGUAUCGUCAGCAUAUUUGUGGGAUUUGGAUCAUGGUUUCGCUGGAGUUAUUUUGAUUAAAAAAGCAGGAGAAGGCAAUCAAAAGACGAAAGGAUGCUGGGAUUCUAUCCAUGUUGUGGAAGUACAGGAAAAAAGUUCCGGAAGAACUGCGCAUUACAAGUUGACGUCAACAGCAAUGCUUUGGCUGCAGACGCAGAAGCAAACGUCUGGGACAAUCAACCUUGGUGGUAGUUUAACUAGACAGAUUGAACAGGAUGCACCAGUGAGUGAGAGCAGUCCUCAUAUUGCGAAUAUUGGUCGCAUCGUUGAAGACAUGGAAAACAAAAUACGCAAUACAUUGAACGAAAUAUAUUUUGGGAAAACGAAGGAUAUAAUUAACGGAUUGAGAAGCAUUCAAUCAUUGGCUGAUACAAAUCAACAAGCUGCGAUGAAAAAGGAUCUUGCAGCUGCUCUUUUACGACGAACUGGUAAAGGAGAAAACUAAAAGUAAUAUUUGAGCAUCGUUAGCAUCGUCAUCUUCGAUUGAGCAUCGUCAUCUUCGAUUGAGUAUCUGCUCAAGUCUUUCAACAUAACUUAGUCUCACAUGCUGUAAAUCGUUCCAUGCGCACUUCAUUUAAAGUAUGACUAAAAUUUACCCUGAAUACAAGAGGCAAAAUUUCUUUCAAAUAAAAAUGUUUUUUUGCAAUUCAGA